AUGAAAAAUAUUACAAAUAAUAAAAUUAUGAAUGGCAAUGAAACCUCAAAUGACUCUUUUUUAAUUAAUGAAAGUGAAUCAUCUAUACAAACUGAAUUAUCAAAUAAUACUAGACGGCCUCUAUCAAAUAUAUGGGAUAAGUUUAAUGUUAUAAAUAAUAGAUUAGGAAAGCAUAAAGGUACAAGUUGUAGAUAUUGUCCUCAUACAUGGGUUCAGAGAAGAGCUCAAGAAAUAAAAUCUCACCUUGCAAUGAAAUGUAGAAGAAGAGUAUCUAGAGAGGUUCGAAUUAGAGUACUUCGAGACCUUCAAAGUAAAUUUUCUAAAUCUACUACUCCCAAAAAAAAAAAAUCAGACUACUCUCAGUUGUUCUUGAAUGCCUAUUAUGAUACAAAAGAAGCUAUUGAUAAAGCUAAAGAAACAAGAGCUAACCAAACAUUGAUUAAAUGGAUUGUAUGUUCAGGUAUUUCAUUUUCAGCCUUUGAUAAUCCUUUUUUUGAAAAUUAUACCAAGCUAUUAAACUCUGGUUAUGAUCCACCUAAACAUACUAUAUUAGCAUCAUCAAUUUUAGAUGCAGAAGCAGUAAAUAUUAUAAUAAAAGUAGAAAAUGAACUAUCUAAGGCUAAAAAUUUAACUUUAUGUAAUUCUUACUCUGCUAGUGCUGCUCUUAGAGAAGAAAUUAUACAUUUCCUUACUCUUGGUAGAAAUUUAAAAUCAACAACAAAGACUUGGUGUAAUUUUCUUGAGCCUGGAAUAUAUAAAAAUUAUGUUCUUAAAAAGGUAUUAGAAAUAUGGAAAAAAUUAGGUAGUGGUCGAAUAAGUGCUGAUCUCUUAAAAACUCAGAUGAGUUUAUAUAAAAAUCAAGAAUCACCUUAUGAUGAUGAAUUUAUCAUAUCUGCUAAUAUAGUUACUAAUUGGUAG